UAAGGAACGCCCAAUACGACAUCGAUGACGAGGAUUUUGUAGCCCGAAGCCGAGGGUCGAGAAGGGGGGAAGGGCACCGAAGAGGCUCUUCACCCCCUUUAUCACUCGACUACCAAAACUGCUUUCGUAAUAACCUUAAUCCUGAAUUCAGAGGUCGAGGUUCAGGUAUAGAUCGAAAUCCGGGCCGAGGUGCAGCUCAAGACCGUGGCCGAGGUCGAGGUCAAAGUCAAGGUCGAGGCCAAAGUCGAGGUCGAGGCCAAAGUCGAGGUCGAGGUCAAAGUCGAGGUCGAGGUCAAAGUCGAGGUAGAAAUUGGAAUCAUGAUGGUAAUUACCAGCCUCAGCGAUAUAGGAGACAGCCAGACCCCCCCUGUCAGCUCGAGGAAGAAGCCUGGAGCAAGAAUGCACCCGUUAAGUUAAGCCCAAGAGUCUUUGGAUACGCUAAUCAGUCUCGUGAUUUAACUGCAAGCCUGCUAGAGCUCAUGGAGCAAUGGUGUCUCUCGCCUUCAGCAGUAAGAGAAACUGUGACCCAGUAUCCGGAGGUGUUUUACCUAAAUGGUGAAAAGGUAGAACUGCGACCAGAAAUUACAGUGUGCUCUCACCACUCAGGCCCUGAGGGAUGCCAGGACCGCAGGGGUUGUAGAUGCAUACACAUUUGUCAGCAAUACACCAGAAAUUCGUGCAAGGAUCCUUACUGUGUCCUUGGCCAUAAGUGGCGUACCGAUCACAAUAUUGCUGCCCUUCGUUCAUAUUUCAUAGAGCAUAUCCCUGUACCAAUUUUACAAAAGAUUUUGGUUCAGCCACUACAUACAAUGGCUCCUGUUGGUAAAAUAACUAUUUGUCUUGAAUACAACACUAAAGGUUGCAUCCAAGAUGACUGUACUUCACUUCAUAUAUGUCAAAGUUUUGUUGUAAGUCGAACUAGAUGUCAGCAAAAAAAAUGUCAAUUAAAUCAUGACAUACUGACUCCUCAGUGCUGUAAAGUUCUCUCUGCACAUGGCUUCUCAACCAAUGAAACCCCAUGUGAUAUUGUUGUAGCAAUAUUAGCUGCAAAUUCUGAAAUUUUUCAACAGGAUAUGAAAGAAAAUACUGUUGGUUCACCUGGAAACCAAAUCACUGACUAAAAGUGUAUCUGAAAACGCCAAAAACGGAAGGAUGAAUCUGAAAUUCCCGAGAGGAAAGAGGGUUAUAUUUCCAAAGAUUCUGAGAGUGCUUCCUCAGAUGAUGAAAAUGGUGUUCAGUCACAAAAAAAUGAGAAUGAAACUAAGUCUGCAAGUAGUCAGAAAUCUGGAAAAGCCCUAGAUAUGAAUGAAGAUAGUGUUCGCAGUGAAACAACCAAAAUAACUGACAGUGAUACAACAGAAUUAAAGCAUUCUCAUACUUCAACCACAUCUCUACCUAAAAGUACUCCAGUAUCAAUAAAGACGUAUUGGGCACAGGAUGUUAAAGGAAAUGUGGGUCCUGAGAUUUGCUAUUACUCUGUUGAAGGAAUGUGUAGGGAUGAAGGCUCAGGCUGCAAGAGACUUCAUUCAAGUGAGCAUUUCCACUGGCAAGAGAAACAGAACGAGAAUUGGUAUAAUUUACCCGAACAGCAGGUGAUCACUUUGGAACACACCUCUUGCAAUCCCGAUGAUGACUGUGUCGAUUUACCUCGGUUAGAUCCUACUCAUCUGAAGGCUUCAGCUAGAGGUCUUCUUAUAUUGAUGGGACGUGAUACCUGGUCAGCCAAUUUCAGUUCAAUGACUCUGACUAAUUCGUCUAAAAGUCAGAUACUGAAAAUACGCAGAUUAUGUACACAGUAUAUUGAUGGACAAGAGAUUAAGCCAUCGAAUUUCCUUUGGUACUUUUUGGAUAUACAGAAAAACUGGGUUCAAUAUGGACUUUCUGAUACAACAGGGAAGACAAAGUUGAUUGUAGAUGCAACAUCUAAAGACAUUGAAAAACAGUACCGCCAAAAUCCAGCAUCUACGUAUUCAUUCAAGAGUAGUGCUUUCCAAUAUGUUUUAGAUUUCAAGAGCAUGACUCAGACUAACCAGAAAACAAAUGUAGUAAGGCAGGUGAGACGACGUCCUGAGCCACAUCUAAAAAAACAAGAUGAAGACUCUGAAGAAGAGAAGCCCAAAGACCUUCCUUCGUCUUGGGAGAUAAUGCAGCCUGAAGAACGGGUCCGUACAGUAACUUUGGCCCCAUCCUCGAGUGAAUACCAAGCAGUCACUGCCCUUUUGAAUGGCCGUAUUUCUACUUCCAACAUUAUCAAGAUUGAAAGGGUACAGAAUCCAUACUUAUGGCGUGCAUUUGUAAACAAAAUUACUGAAAUGUCAUCCGUGCUAGGUGACAAAACAAAAGUAGAUAUCCGACAAUUAUUCCACGGUACAAAUCAUAAUGUGGUUUCUAGUAUCUGUGCCGAGAACUUUGACUGGCGUCUUCAUGGUUCAAACACUGGCCAAUUAUAUGGUCGCGGGACCUAUUUCUCAACUGAUGCUGCAUACUCUUAUUCAUAUUGUGGGCCCGAUGGUUCAGGAAUGAAAUACAUUUUUGUUGCACAAGUUGCAGUGGGUGCUUUUACCGUCGGCAUAUCAUCGAUGGUGAGACCUCCUCUCAAUCCUGCAACUGGCAUGCUUUAUGACUCGACUGUGAACCGGGAGAGCAAUCCAGGCAUCAUUGUCAAAUAUGAUAAACAGGAAUAUUACCCCGAGUAUAUAUUAACUUUGGAAUAAUGUUCUUUGAUCAUGGUAUUUGCAACAUAAAUGACACUUUCUAGAAGUGUAGUGUCUUAUGGUGUAGUUUCAUAUUCCCUUUCCUCUAGAGAUCCUCGCAAUAUUAAAUAGCAGAUAUAUUUACCAUAAAUAAUGCAACAAUAAUUUAGUUUUAUUAGUUAAAACUGAGAUAAUGCUUUGAUUCCUGAUUGUAAUUAAAGGAGCAAUGGCCUGAUUUUUUUUUACCAAUAAUGUCCAGAUUCUUUAUUUGAUAUAAUUAAUUUCUUACAUAGAAAUUACAUUGCAGUAUUUGUUUAAAUACUUUGUAUUUUACUUUAGAUCGGGAAAUUGAUGUUAUUUUACCAUUCAUAUUGGAUCAUAAUAUAUUUCUGAUAUUGAUAACCCUAAAAAAAAAAAAAAAAAACUAUAGGCGGUUAAUAUCAUUUCAAAAUAAAUAUAUAAUCUUCAUGGAGUUAUGAUAGCUGUUAGUAUGGAAUAUUAUUAUUUGUAAAUAUUUGAUUGCAAUUCAUGUUAUGGCUGUAUUUGGAUUAUAUACUUGUAACCUAAUGAUGGUAGUUAAUCACUGAUCUUUAUGGUUUAUUUCUUUGCUAGAACACUUUCCUACUCGCAAUUUGUGCAGGUUUUUCUUAAUUUUACUCUUUUACAAGAAUUUGUAUCCCACUGUGAUUUGAUAUUUAUUACAAUGCCAAAUGCAGUAUAUUAAUAAACACGCAAAGGUU